AUAAAGUCAAAAGCAAUAACAGAAGAUUAUGUUGUUUCUUGGAAGAGCAAGCUAGGCUGUGGAAUCACUGGACCAGUUAGGGAAUGUAAAUGUAAACAGACCGGAUCGUUAUAUGCCUUGAAGUGUCUUAGUGACAGUGCCAGAUCUCGUCAGGAGGUUACCCUCCAUUUCAAAUGUCACGGCCAUGAAAAUAUUGUGUCCAUCUACGACGUCUAUUCUAAUCAACUGCAGUUCCCAUGUGAAAGUGCCCCCAAAAACCGUCUGCUGGUUGUCAUGGAGCUAAUGGAGGGAGGGGAGUUAUUUGAUAAAAUCAAAAAAUCUAAAUAUUUCACAGAGAAGGAGGCCGUUAAAUAUACCCUUCAGAUUUUGAAAGCCAUUCAUAGAUGUCACUCAUUGAAUGUUGCCCAUAGAGACUUGAAGCCUGAAAAUUUACUCCUAAAUAAUGACACAGAGGACGCCAUUAUUAAAUUAUCUGACUUUGGAUUUGCCAAACUGGAUGAAGGAAACCUAAAGACACCGAACUUCACUCCAUACUUUGCUGCUCCUCAGGUAAUCCAGGCUAUGAAGAACAAGCAGAGAGUCAAGAGCACCUGCUUUCACCCCGCUCUAUCACCUAUCUGUUAUGAUAAGAGUUGUGACAUGUGGAGUUUGGGCGUCAUAGUUUACAUCAUGCUCUGUGGCUAUCCACCAUUUUAUUCGGAGAUACCCGAGAUACAACUCUCACGACGAAUGAAAGAGCGCAUACUAACUGGCCAGUACGAAUUCCCUGAAGAUGAUUGGUCGGUCGUAUCCACUCAGGCUAAGGAUUUUGUUUCGAGAUUAUUACAAGUAGAUCCAACUGAGAGGUUGAAUGUUGAGGAGGCCCUGAGGCACCCCUGGUUGAACACCCCCCCUGCUAACAUCCAUCUAAUCUCACCUUCAAUUCUUCAGAAGUCCUCAAUGACUGAUGUGAACGAGGCAUACGACUACCAGCUGACCAACAUGCGCACUCCCGAUCGACCAAUCAUGUUGAAGCCUUUCAAGAAGAUUAACAAUCCGAUCCUCAGUAAAAGGUUGCUCAGUCGUUCUAGCAUUUUGCAAACAUUCAGUGUAGUGUCAAUGAUUUUCCAUAAAGUUUAA